AUGCCUGCCAAAGCCUCAGCCGAUGUCCGGAAGCGCAAGAGGUCUUCAGAGGCCAAGGAACCCGCGCAAAAGCGUGCUCGUUCGGAGAGCGGCGACGAGAGCGAUGGAUCCAGUGAGACUGACCCUCAAGCUGAGAUUCUACUUAUGGAACAAGAGAUUCUCGAAUCGAAGAAGCACUACAACAACAUCUCAAAACUUCUCGACAUCGCCAAGGCCUACAAGACAGAUCCCGAUUCAGCUGCCCUCGCUUCUGUCGCACUUACCAGAGUUUUCGUGAGAUUGCUCGCCGCGGGGGCUCUCAUCAAGAAAAAGGGCCUGACAGAGAAAGAUGCCGUUGUUGUUGGCUGGCUCAGGGAACGCUACUUUGAGUACAAGGAUUCUCUGGCCGAGAUGAUCACAGAUGAGGAGCUGGGAUCGCCGGCCCUGACACUCGCUAUGCGAAUGCUGAAGUCUGAGGCCCAACACUUGUACGAGUCGGAUGAGUAUAACUUUCCCCAGGCCUUCCUGCAGCAAAUUAUCAAGGCGCUUCUCAACUCCAGCAGCGAUGACGCUCGCGGAGAUUUCGUGGACAAAUACUUGACGGAGUUCGACGAUGUUCGGUUUUUUGGGUUGAAGUCCAUCAAAAACAUCGUUGAGAAGCCAGAGGAGGGCGCUGGCAAGGACGAUCUCUUUGACGAUGCCUUUGAACUCCUGCAUGCCAUUGGCGACGUGCCUAAGAAGCUGGAAAACUACCACCUAGAGAAGCCCAGCAAGAAGGCGCAUCCCCUGAACUCCCUGCACCAGCAUCAGCGGCAAGGCCAGGAUGCCUGGCUAGCAGUCAUGAAGCUCGCAACGACCAAGGAUCAACGCAAGCGCAUCCUCGAGAUCAUGGCGACGGAUAUAGCGCCGUGGUUCACGAGGCCCGAAUUGCUGGCAGACUUCCUUACCGAUUCGUACAACACUGGUGGCUCCAUGUCGCUGUUGGCCUUGUCAGGUGUCUUCUUCCUCAUUCAGGAGAGGAACCUCGACUACCCAUCAUUCUACACAAAACUGUACUCUUUGUUGGAUCGCGACAUCUUGCACUCCAAGUACAGGGCAAGAUUCUUCCGCCUGAUGGACACCUUCCUGCGCUCGACGCAUCUACCUGCUGUACUCGUCGCAAGCUUCAUCAAACGUCUCGCACGCCUGUCUCUCAGCGCCCCGCCCGCAGCUAUCGUCUUCAUUGUGCCCUGGACCUACAACAUCAUGAAGCGCCACCCGCUUUGCACGUUCAUGAUGCACCGGGUACUGCGCGAUGACGAGGCGAAGAAGGCCAUGGAGGAUGAAGGCUAUGCCGACCCCUUCCUGCCAGACGAGGCGGAUCCGAUGGAGACACACGCCAUUGACAGCUGCCUGUGGGAGUUUGUACAACUGCAGUCGCACUACCACCCCAACGUGGCAACAAUCACGAAGAUCAUCUCGGAACAGUUUACCAAGCAGUCUUACAACAUUGAAGAUUUCCUGGACCAUUCCUUUAGCAGUCUUCUGGAGGCUGAGAUGAGCAAGACCGUGAAGAAGCCGCCUGUUGUUGAGUUUCAGAUUCCCAAGAGAAUUCUCCUUCCGAAUGACGCCGAAUCUGGCAUUGAGGAUAGUCUGGUGGCUAAGCUGUGGGAAUUUCCGUGA